AAAGGAAGACUUCAAGUCGGUAGCUUUUAUCGCAGGGUUAGCAUAGUAUCCCAUCCGAGAGAGAGAGAGAGAGAGAGAGAGAGAGAGAGAGAAGAGAGAAGAGAAGAGAAUAGGAGAGAGUAGUAAGCGCCAUCUCUCCAGAAAACGCACCCAAUUCCUCCAUAUAUGCGACCCUUUUGUUUUUGAAUCUCUUCCAAUUCUAUACCAGGAGAGAAAGAGAAUUAGAUCGGGAAGAAAGAAUGUUCCCAUCCAAGAAGCCAACUAUGAAUUCACAUGAAAGGCCGAUGUGCGUCCAAGGGGACUCUGGCCUUGUUCUCACUACCGAUCCCAAGCCCCGGCUUCGGUGGACGGUUGAGCUCCACGAUCGCUUUGUUGAUGCUGUAACUCAGCUUGGAGGACCCGACAAGGCCACGCCGAAAACCAUCAUGAGAGUUAUGGGUGUUAAGGGUCUUACUCUCUACCACCUUAAAAGCCACCUUCAGAAAUUCAGACUUGGGAAACAACCACACAAAGAAAUCAACGAUCACACCAUGAAGGAUGCUUCAGCAUUAGAUAUGCAAAGAAAUGCAGCCUCUUCAUCAGGGAUUAUGGGUCGAACCAUGAAUGACAGGAACGUGCAUAUCACCGAAGCACUUAGGAUGCAGAUGGAGGUCCAGAGGAGAUUACAUGAGCAAUUAGAGGUGCAGAAACACCUCCAAAUGAGGAUAGAGGCUCAAGGCAAGUAUAUGCAAACCAUAUUGGAGAAAGCAUACCAAACACUUGCUGGCGAGGGCAUGGCCUCAGUGAGUUACAAAGGUCUUGGAAAUCAAGGAGUUGUAGAUAUGGGCGCGCCAAUGAGCUUUCCUUCACUCCAAGAUCUACAUUUAUAUGGUGGAGAUCAACUAGACAUGCAGCAACAAAUGGAUAGGCCACUUGAUGGGUUCUUUCCAACUAAUGAAGGCGUUUUUCUAGGCAAGAAAAGGCCCAACCCAUACAGUUCUAAUGGGAAGAGCCCUUUGAGUUGUGCUGAUGACCUCCGUCUGCAAGAACUGGGAUCAGCUGCAGCAUGCAUGGGUGCACACGAAGAACCUUCUAAGAGUGAUCAGCUCCAAAUUGCAUCAUCUGUGAUCGAUAGUGGAAUUGACAUGGACUCAAUGACGGAUGUGUAUGAGACCAAACCGAUACUGUCGACCGACAGCGCCGGCGAGAUCAGGAAGUAUGAGGGAUCAUCGAAGCUCGAGAGGCCGUCUCCACGUAGAGCUCCUCUUCCUGUGGAAAGGAUUAAUCCAAUGAUCAGAGGUGGUGCAUUACCACAAACUAGAAAUAUAUCCCAUGGGUGAGGAUUGUCGAUUCCAUGAGAAAAUUGACUGUUGCAUGCUUAAAUAUAAGUGACUUGAGUGGGAAUGACUUAGUAAAUCUUUGAAAAAAUUGACGUCAGGAUUUCAUGGUGAGUAUAAGUUAUGAUGCUAUGAGAGGUACAUCAUGUCAAAGACUCCAACACAUUUACCGUCGUCGGUCUUUUGUUUUGUCUUUUGGGUGGCUAAGUUAUGAUCGAUGCUAUGAGAUUAUUUAAGUAAAUUAUAUUUAUCUAAUGGUCUUAGAUCAAUGCAAUGAGAAGCAUCUGUUCCUUC